AUGAAUUCUUGCUCGAUUCACCAUCACCCGAUCUUGCAGCAUCCUCACACUCGCCCAGUCGAGCCCACGCGCCAUGCCCAAGAAACCCCCUCGAUAGCGGGCUUUGACAGCCUCUCGGACCAAGUCUUUGUGCGGGAUGGCGACCACGAUGCCGCCGCCGGCACCGCCGCCACGGAUCCGGACGUCGUCGUCAUCUACGGCUGGGGCGACGGCCUCCCGCAGCACGUCGCCAAGUACGCCCAGGGCUACCGCGCGCUCUUCCCGCUCGCCAAGCAGGUCGUCGUGCUCUCGCCCAUCCCCAAGGCCAUGUUCACCAGCCGCGCCCAGCGCCGCGGCCACAUGACCCCCGUCGUCGACCAGCUCUUCGGCGGCGCCACCACCUCGUCGUCUGCGCAGCCGCCGCGGAGCCUCCUCCUCCACUGCAUGUCCAACACGGGCGCCAUCAACCUCGCCGCCACGCUCGACGCCUACCGCGCGCGCUUCGCCGCCGCCCUGCCGCACGCGCUCCUCGUCAUGGACUCGACCCCCGGCGGCACCGACCUGACCUGGGCGCGCCUGAAGCAGUGGUCGCGCGCCAUGGCGAUGGGCUUGGCGCGACUGCUGCCCUGGCCGUUGGUGGCGACGCAGGCCGUCUGCGGGCUCUUCCUGCUGCUCAACUUGCUGUGGCUGCGGCUGCGCGGGCAGGAGCAUGCGGGUGCAUGGAGCCGCGUGGCUGCGAAGCAGGAGGCGUUUGCGACCAAGGGGGCGCGCAGGCUGUACAUGUACAGCAGGGACGACGACCUGAUCGCCUACGAGGACGUCGAGGAGCACGCGGACGAGUCCAGGGCGCUGGGGUACGCGGUGGACACGAAGGAGUUUUACGGCAGCGGGCAUGUCGGGCACAUGCGCCAGCAUCCGGACGAGUAUUGGGCGGCGAUUCACCAAUCGUGGAUGCGGGCGGCGGCGGCGGCCGGCGUGCAUACACCCGUCGCCGAUGCCUCUUCCGAGUCCAUCGGAGAGCAGAAGUGA